CGCCUCCCUCCUCCCCUUGCAGGCAGACGCCGGGAUUGCGCCGCCCGCAGGUACCGGUCUAGUCCUUCCCGGAUGUGCCGGGAGCGCAGUCCCAGCGCGUAGGGACCACUCGGCGGGGGCCGUAUGGGCAGAAUGGUAUGGGCUCGGGCGGCCCUCGGUCCCGGCGCGCUCUGGGCCGCGGCCUGGGGAGUCCUACUGCUCGCGGCCCCCACAGCGGCGCAGCGUGGCCGAAAGAAGGUCGUGCACGUGCUCGAGGGUGAGUCAGGCUCGGUGGUGGUGCAGACGGCGCCCGGGCAGGUGGUCAGCCACCGGGGUGGCACCAUCGUCUUGCCCUGCCGUUACCACUACGAGGCAGCCACCCACAGCCACGACGGCGUCCGCCUCAAGUGGACCAAGGUGGUGGACCCGCUGGCCUUUACCGAUGUCUUCGUGGCGCUGGGCCCCCAGCACCGGGCGUUUGGCAGCUACCGAGGGCGGGCCGAGCUGCAGGGUGAUGGUCCCGGGGACGCCUCCUUGGUUCUCCGAAACGUCACGCUACAGGACUAUGGGCGCUAUGAAUGUGAGGUCACCAAUGAGCUGGAGGAUGACACUGGCAUGGUCAAGCUGGACCUGGAAGGCGUGGUGUUCCCUUACCACCCCCGUGGAGGCCGCUAUAAGCUGACCUUCACAGAGGCGCAGCGCGCUUGCGCUGAGCAGGACGGCAUCCUGGCAUCAGCGGAGCAGCUGCAUGCGGCCUGGCGCGACGGCCUGGACUGGUGCAACGCAGGCUGGCUGCGCGACGGCUCGGUGCAGUACCCAGUCAGCCAGCCCCGUGAGCCCUGCGGCGGCCGGGGCAGGGCCGGGAGCGGCGGGGUAGGCGGUGGUGCCUCCGGGGGCGUUCGCAACUACGGCUACCGCCAUAACGCCGAGGAACGCUACGACGCCUUCUGUUUCACGUCCAACCUCCCGGGGCGCGUGUUCUUUCUGAAGCCGCUGCGGCCCGUGCCCUUUUCUGGAGCAGCGCGCGCGUGCGCGGCGCGCGGCGCGGCCGUGGCCAAAGUGGGGCAGCUGUUCGCCGCGUGGAAGCUGCAGCUGCUGGACCGCUGCACCGCGGGCUGGCUGGCCGACGGGAGUGCGCGCUACCCCAUCGUGAACCCGCGCGCGCGCUGCGGCGGCAGCCGGCCCGGUGUGCGCAGCCUCGGCUUCCCCGACGCCGCACGCCGCCUCUUCGGCGUCUACUGCUACCGAGCGCCUGGCGCGCCGGACCCCGCACCUGGCGGCUGGGGCUGGGGCUGGGCGGGAGGUGGUGGCUGGGCUGGAGGUGCGCGCGACCCCGCCGCCUGGACCCCGCUGCGCGUCUAGGCCCAGGGCACCGACGGCUUUGGCGCUUGGCGACUGGCCGAGUGCCCUGCUGUCCCAUGGAGACGGACCACCUCCCCUGCGGCCUCCUGCGGUCCUUGAACACUGAUCACGCCCCCGAGGGCCCCAGAGACUGGCCAGUCCCGGGAGACAAGUUCCCUGGAGCCCCCUGGACACCGAUCAAGCCCCACUUUUCUUGGACAGUGGAUUUCCCCUCCUCCCCCGACUCUCCCGGAGACGGGGGGGCACACCCUCUGAGGACCCCUGGCGGCUAGCAGACCCCGAGGUCUCCUGAAGACUGGCUAUGCCUCCCGAGGUCAUCUGGACGCCCACGGAACUACCCCCGCGGUCGCCUGGAGGCUGGACCCCAGGGAUUAUUUGGAGACUGGCCACAUGCCCUCUGCAUCUCCCUGGAGAAUGAAGACAUAACGAUCACCUGGACAUUGAACCUUUCUCCCAUCACCUAUAGAGAAACCAGAAACCACAAAGUUCGACAAGUGACCACGCCCCCAUAGUCACUUGGAUACUGUGGGCUCCUGUCCUCUCCUGCACGAUGACCUGGAGAUUGGAUACUCCCAUCUUUCCUUCCUCCCUCGAGAGUCCCCUGAAGUUUCCGUAGUAACAGGCCAAGUCCCCAGGUCACCAUGGAGAACAUCUUCACCUCUCUAAUUUCAGGAGAGAUCCCUUUGUCACUGCUAAGACAGAUUGACAUGCCCCAACUGGCUUGCAAGACUGGGGGCCGUGCCCCACCCCUCAGGUAUCUCUCUGGGGGGAGCAAUUCCGCCCCCACCUGAUGUCCUUUUUCCUGGCUGUCACCAAAGAGACCAUCCCCCAGGCCUGGAGACCCAUAAGAUCCAUGUUACUCGCUAUAGUGGCAAGCCGCCCCACUUCCCUUUGUCACCAAGGUGACCAGCCCAGCUUCUACCUGUCACCUAGAGUCACACAGCCCUUCUCUCAUCAGUCACACCCAUGGAGAUAGUACCUCCCUCCUCUGUAACCAUGGAUACCACAUGUUCCCCAUCUCACUGGCCCCCAUCCCAGAGACUUUCAACUCCACUUCUGCUGUCCCCACCCUGAGGUACAGAACAGCCAUGGAGACCACCCCCCCUCCAACUGUCCCAGGAGUGAACCAACAUUCAGUUCUCCAGCUCUCACCAUGGAAACGGGCUGCCCUUUUCUCAGGGCUACCCCAGCUCCUUGCCACACUCCAAGCUCUACUCCCAGGCAGCUUGGACUCCACAGCUAUUGCUAUGGAGACCAAAUUGUGGAGUCUGAGGUAACAGAACACCUGUCUUCCAAGGCUUUCCCUGUCUGCAGGGGCCCGCCCACCAACCUGUCACCAUAGAGACUGUUAAGGUCGUCCCCAUGACAACCGACCCUCCAGCUCUCAGGAACUUCUCAUCAUGGACAGGAACUGUGCCCUAUAGGACUUAAUGGCUGCCCCUUAACCAGAUGGGCUCAGCCUCAGGCAGCAUACCCAGACGGGGCUGGACUGCUGGAGCUGCUGGACACCCUCCGUUUGCACGCUAACUAUAUCCCAGACAGCAGCUGUGCACGAGACACCCUUGUGACACGCAGCUGUUUUCAUUGCUGCUAUAACAGAUGAGCAAACUGAGGCACUGGUGUGCCUUGGCCCUUUGAGCUGUGCAAGCACUGGGCUUCCCUUUUCCUCUGAGACCCCACCCCCAUUCUAACUGAGUUCCUCUCUCCGUCCAUAAUGGCCCCUGCCACAUUUCCCUCCUUAGAGAUCCAGGAGAGACGGAAUGUUAUUAAACCUCAAAAUCCACUCUGAGAUCCAGGUUUUAAAGGGAGAGUCUUAAGGAGUCAGGACCCAGUCAAACUCCCCAGUGCUGAGAGCCACGCAGCCGUGGGAAAUCCCAGUUCCAAGGUCUUGCUUGGAGUAGCACUGAGUCCCUCCUGAAGGCCUCUUUACUGUCCCAUCCAUCUCAAGGAAACUCAUCUGUGGGUUUGGCAACCAGGUUGGCUUGGGUUCGAAUCCUGCCUGUGACUCAGUGGCAAAAACGCUGAGCCUGUUUCCUCCUCUGUACAAGGACUGUUCUGAGGUCCUACUGAGUGCGAAGCAUAGUACAGGGGCUCAAUAAAUCUUUGUUUUGUUUUUUUGAUGAAUGAGAAAAUGAAGCACCCAGUGGGUCAUUAUUUCAAAUGCAUUUUGAUGGACAAAAUGUUUCCGAGCUGGGGGUACUUGGUGAUGAUUCAGUCAGGAAGCUCUCCCCUUAUUCCUCAGGACCACACACACCCCACUCCUCAAUAUCUCCUCUCCCUUCCUUUAUCCUUCCCCUGCUCUCUCCUUCGAGCCACCCUCUGUGGGUCUGAUCCUUCUCGGCCCAGUCCUGGUUGGGUCAUCAACAAACCCAGUGGUUCUUCUUAGUACCCCAGGGCACGAAAUGUGAAACUGGAUGGGGAGCUCCUGCUCCAGGAAGGCAGAUACAUUGCAAAAUUUUCUGCAGUGUAGGUGGGAGUGGGGUGGGGGGCUUGUGGGCUGUGGAGCAUUGAAAGUUUCCCAGGCCCUUUGUUCUGGGAUAAGAACAAACGGAGAAGAGAAAAAAGUGUAAAGGUCUGAUUUGGUUGUAGAAGUGGGAUGAUCGAUGUAACUGCUCACCCUUCAAUAUUAGACUUGGUGGAGCUCCCAGAUGCCACAUGUUCCUCUGAAGAUGGGGUCCAGAUCCUUGGUUAGACUGCCUUGGCUUCCCGCUGGCCCUCAGCGUCCUCAAGUAGGGGAAUGGGGAGGGCCAUGUUUCCAGAGAUGAGUGCAUGGGAUUUCUUUUCAUCCCACCUUUUCCCUGCUGGCACCCUUUCUCCCUUCCAGGGCUCCAGCUCCUUGCUUUCCCUUCUCUAAUUCAAUGAGAGUAGGAGGGGCUGACUCCACCCCAUCCAGCUCAGCCAAUGAGUGCUGUGGCCCAUCUCCCUGGGCAACCCUGAUUGGUCCAGGGAUGGACAUGGACACAUGCAUACCAACGAGAUUCUGUCCCUGGGAUUUUGGUUGAUGAUUGGGCUGAGGGAAACUUCCUUCUGCUGGGGUCACUUCAUUGUUGGAGUGGAUGUCUCUAGGGUCCACCAGGUGGAGAGCCACAGGAUGGCAACCUGGAUGGAACCCUUUCUGAAGCCAGGUAUUCAGAAAAACAUUUCUCUCUCUCCUGUCUUCUACCACCCAGUUCACUUCCUAGAGACAUGUUUCUUACAUGUCCUUCCAGAGAUGUUUUAUGUUCAUUCAAGCAAACAUACAUAUAUAUUUUCCCCACUUCUACAUGAAUGAUAGUGGGCAACAUAUACUUUCUUAUAUUGUAAAAUUCAUAUAAUGUAAAAUUCACCAUUGUAAAUAUUUAAAGUGUUCAAUUCAGUGGCAUUUAGCACAUUCACAGUGUUGUGCAACCAUCACCUCUUUCUGGUUCCAAGACAUGUUCAUUGCCCCAGAAGAAAACCCCCGUACCCCCAUUAAGCAAUUGCUCCUCAUUCUUCCCUCCCCCUACUGCCCUCAGAAAUACUAAUCUAAUUUCUCUCUCUAUGGGUUUGCCUAUUCUCGAUAUUUCAUAUAAAUGGACUCAUACAAUAUAUGU